AUGCCUUUCAUUCUUUAUGUACUAUUAAUUGCUCCCUUGUUCUUAUUAAUAGGAAUCUACAAAUUAUGUUUUCAAAAUAAAUUUCGUAAUAGAAGAGAUUAAUUUGGAUCUUUGCAUGAGAGAAUGAAAAAGAAAUUAUUCUUUGGAUAUGCUGAAUUAAUUCAUACUAUGUCAAAUGAAGACCUUAAAAUAUUAUAAUAAACUUUUGAAAACACAAUUAAAAAUGCUUAAACUAUUAAAAUAAAAAGUUUCAAAAAAGUUAAAAAUCUAUCAAAAAAUCUAAAAAAGGUUUUAUUUAUAGAUGACUUAGAUCAAAACACCACUGAACAGUUUACUUUAAUUUGA